AUGCCUCUACAAUUUAUUAUAAGUCAAAAAGGCAACAAAUUAUUAUUGCAUAAUGGAUAUCUUCAUACGUUCUAUAAAGAAGGUGUGAACAAAUUCAUUUGGCGUUGUUAUGAGUACAAAACAUACAAAUGUACUUCAUGCUAUACAACCACUCGAGAAGAAAUAGUAUUUUCCAUACAGCAAAUAAAAGCCUGUAGAUUUAAUUUAGUCAAUUUUUGGUACCGAAAAAUAAAGUCUUUGUCAGAUCUUCAAAAAUUGUACAAGAAUCAGUCAUGUACUAUCGCUAAAUGGUUACCAUUAUGUUUUGGAUUAGCAUUUUUACCGUCAAAUGAAGUGGAAGAUGCUUUUUUGAUUACCAAACUUAACUCCAGAUUUUAA